UUUGCUGUUCGAUUUGGAUUUAUCAUUCGCUAAAGAUUUUCAGGUUUUUGUUAUCUUGUAUUUGGCAUCUGCCAUCUGUAGUUUAUACUGUUUACUCAGUAUUUAUGUAUGAAGUAUUUUGUUUAUGUACUACAGCUAUUUGUGCCCGUAAAACUUUAGACUUCGCAGUUCGAACUGCUCUGGUUAGUGAAAAAAAAAUUCAUUCCUUGUAAUUUGGUCGCGAAGUUACUGUAGUAACUGUCGCAUGGAGUAAGCGGAGAUCGAUUUUCGCCAUCUGGAGAGCAAACUCUCAACUGCAUUGCUCAUUUGCUGGGAAUUGCAAGGAAUCUGGUUUCCCUUCUUAUUGCAGAAUGUUCCUUGUUUCAAAGCUGACAACUCGGGUAUCAUGGCGAACCAAACAGGUGUUGCGAACGUACCACGCUUCCGUCCUCCGCAGCGCACCUCUCGUUCCCAUUGUAAUAGAGCAGACAGGACGUGGCGAGCGUGCAUACGAUAUUUAUUCCCGUCUGCUUAAGGAACGCAUAAUUUGCUUAAUGGGUCCGGUAACCGAUGAUCUUUCAAGUCUCGUUGUUGCUCAGUUGCUCUUCCUGCAGUCGGAGAGUGCCAAGAAGCCCAUCCACAUGUACAUUAACAGUCCCGGUGGAUCUGUGACGGCCGGCCUGGGCAUCUACGACACCAUGCAGUAUAUUCAGUCGCCGGUGGCCACGUGGUGCGUCGGCCAGGCGUCCAGUAUGGGCAGCCUUCUACUGGCCGCAGGGGCACCGGGAAUGCGGCAUUCUUUGCCCAACGCUCGUAUUAUGAUCCAUCAGCCAUCCGGCGGGGCACAGGGCCAAGCCACGGACAUCAUGAUCCACGCGGAAGAAAUAAUUAAAAUAAAGCGACAACUUAUAAAUAUUUAUGUCAAGCAUACUGGACAGCCUUAUAAAAAACUAGAAGAUGCUAUGGAAAGAGAUAGGUUUCUCAGCCCGAAAGACGCCUUAGAAUUCGGUUUAAUCGAUAAAAUUCUUGAACACCCACCACCACCCGUUGCGAAAGAGGAUUGUCCGCCCGAAGCCCGAAACGAUUAUCCCGUUGAAUCUGUAGAUAAACCCGAGAAACCCAAGAUAUUGACUCCGUGAGCAGUCGAUAUAUUCUUCUUGCAGUGCGAUCCGGGAAUUCAGUAAAGCCGACGCUGCCGCUGUGCGAGAUUGUUGAACAUUAAUGCAGUGUCUGCUAUUUCGCAAAAUCUGGACCGGUGCAUGCACUUUUGCAUGCAGUCAAUAGGAAACUCCCGGUAAUUGGCGUACAUUUGUCAUACGCCUGAAUAA